AUGAUAAUCAAUGACGAGUUCAAGGAGGCAUUGCGUCAGAUACUGUGGCAGUUCCGGGCGCCAAUUCGCUACGCCUUUGCUUAUGGUUCCGGUGUCUUCCCACAGUCCAAGGCCAGCGGUCGAACCCCAACAGACGAAGAGUUACGCAGGAUACAUCCAAAGGCACCGCUCGCCGUUCAACGUGCUCAGGAUGGCACCCCCAAGAUGAUUGACUUCAUCUUCGGUGUCACCUUCACUCAGCACUGGCACAGCUUGAACCUGAAUCAGCAUCGUGAUCAUUACAGCUGGCUCGGCAGCUUAGGGUCUGGCGCAGUGUCACACGUUCAGGACAGGUGGGGAGCGGGUGUCUACUUCAACCCGUAUGUGAUAGUCAAUGGCAUUCUGAUCAAGUAUGGCGUCGUCAACCUCGACACUCUAUGCAAGGAUCUCAGCGAGUGGGACACGCUGUAUCUUGCUGGUCGGUUACACAAGCCCGUGAAGAUCCUACGCGACGAUGCGCGUGUACGUCUCGCCAAUCAGAUGAAUCUUCUCUCUGCGCUUCGGACGGCACUCCUCCUUCUGCCACCCGAGUUCUCCGAACAAGACCUGUACGCCACCAUCGCAGGGAUUAGCUACCUCGGCGAUCCGCGGAUGAGCUUCCCCACCGAGAAUCCGCGCAAGGUUGCGAACAUUGUGGGCAACAACCUCCCGAACUUCCGCCGACUGUACGCGCCGCUGAUCGAGACGCUCCCUAACGUUGAGUUCGAUGACCCGGCCUGCAAGAGCCGCGACUGGCUAUCCAACCCAGAGUCCAACCUGCAUAUGCGUCAGGACAUGGACCCGGUCAAGCGAGGUAACAUGGUGCGCCGGUUGCCCAAGGCCUUCCGCUCACGCCUAUACUUCCAAUAUCAAAAAAAGUUCGCGAUCCCGCAGAUCGAGUUUGAUGCUAUGAUGGAGGCAAGCCAGACAGAAGACUCGACAAGCUUCAAGCGUCGUCAAGGAGGUGGCUUUGAGCAGCGCAUUGCGCAGGACGAGCCCGAACAGCUGCGCAGCUAUGUGAGGACUGUCAUCAAGCAGACCAUCAAUUGGCCCAGCACCACCCAGAGCCUGAAGUCUGGCCUGACGGCUGGCUUUGGGCGCACAUGGCGCUACUUGGGCGAGAAGUGGCAGAAGUAUCGGGAGGGCAAGAAAGAGCCCGAGACGGAGCCGGCCAAGGACGAUGAUGCCGACAAGAAAGAGAAGAAACCUUGA